AUGAUACCUCUCAAGGUUCAUGAUGAGAUGUUACAGAGGUCCACUGACCGUGCUCUUCUCGCUGAACGGAAAGUAUCCGUGCUAGAACAAGAGGUCAAGAUGUUAAGUGCACAGCGAAGUGAACCUCAGAUAUUCACUUUACCUGUGAUGCCACCAAUAUCAGAAUCACCCAGUGAUGAUUACGAAGAACCUCACCGUGAACCUCAUCAUAGCCUCGGUGAGGAGACCUCCAAACCACCACGUGUACCAUCAAGGUCACAGGGGUUAGGGGUCAUGCCAUCUGUGAUCACGUCCUCAACGCGUGAUCGCACCAAGAAGGUCAAUGACCACACCAAUGACCUGAACAGACAUGGCACAACUGGAAAGCAUACUCUUGUUCUUGCCAAUGGACAUGCCAAUAUCCAUGACAGACAGCAGCCAUCCCCAAGGACACUUCCGGUUUCGACCUACCCACGUGGCAUCAGUGUGAUGCCUUCGGUGGUUCCUCAGCCGGUCAUGCCAUCCAUUGCGACAGUCAGGUCAACAACAAAGAACGGCCACUUUGAGGGAUAUCCUGAACCGCACGUUACCAAUGGCUCAAAGACACACGGACGCAGUUCCAAGCAGUCCGCCAAGGCAUUCCGCAAGAACAACGGUACUGUUCACUACAUAUCCGCAAGUAGUAAGAUCGAGCGUCUGGUAGCACAACCGAAGGCUCGUCGAAGACCAAGUGUACAUUCCCUGGUUACUCAAUCCAUUAUGAACCUUGAUGAUCAACGAGAACGUGAACAUUUGGAGGAAGAAGAGCGAAAAUGUCUUCAGGCUGAACGGGAAGAGAUGGAAAGACUCGAGCGGGAACGCGUAGAGAUUCUUAACAAGGAAAACAAAGCAUCAACCUAUAAAGGAAGGUUUAGGAAAACAACGAAGGCUUCUAAAGGAGGCCGAUCUUUUCUAUCUCGUAUCAACACUUCAAAGCCGAAAGCCGCGAAGUCUGGUACGCAGAAGUCCUUGUUGAGUCGGAUGCAUACCAAGUUCUUUACAACGCGCAGGAAGACCCUGAGGCACAUCUAUGACCUACCGGAAGUGUCUUCACUGGAAUCAUGUAGCUUGACCUCGGACUACGAGACACCUUCGCAGAGAAUGCAGGACUUUGCAGCCACGCCUAUGAUCUUUGGUCACGACCAGGACAGCGAGGAGAGUGAUUGGUCAUCAAGCGAGGAGGCGACUACGUCACGGUCAAACAAACAGAGACGGUCAGCUGGGAAACCAAGGGACAGACACAGACCAAAGACAAACAAACCUACCCCUCCUCCCAUUGCGCCUAAACCGAAGAAGAAGUACAACACGAGUCCAAGUGGUUCCAGCAACCCGCCCUCAUCGCCAGAUACAACAUCACCUGACACUACGCCUGAGAUCUCCUUUGAUGACAUUGUCAUUGAAACGCCCCAGUUGAAACCGUACAAGCGGAUACACGGACCCCAGGGAAGGCGGAAACCGCAGCGCUUCUCAAACCAAUCCGAAAGCCGACAAUCCGAGCUAACGCUGGAAUCCGAUCUGUCGCGAUGACGUCGUGGUCACGUGAUCUAGUUUUGUCGUCGCAAACAAAACUUGAAUCUAUGGAACAAGAACCAAAUAGUAACAAUUUGCCUUGUGUUGAGCAAUUUACUUUGAACAGAAUUAAAGAAGGUGCGGAAUGGUGUCCGGGGUGAUUUGUAUAAAAACAACGCGUCGGGAUGACGUCAUAAUCAUGGUGCUUAGGCUAAUUCAUGCAUCUUUGCCUUGCUGGUGGUUUUGCAACAGUUAGAACUGAAAAAGAGUAAAACUGUAAGAAGAUACUUUAUAUUUUACAUUUUUAGUCUUAGACGUUUUAGACUAAACUGCAUAAUGCCUUUGAAUUAGAAGCUGCCUUUGCUGUUGCAGAACUGAUUUGUAUUAAUCGGAGAUGAAUCUUUCAAUUACUGCCUUGAAAUUUGUCUGAUUAGUCUGAUUACACUCUGGCUUUCCAAAUGCAACGUGAUAUGUCACUGUUCCAAAGAUUUUAGAGACAUACUGUUCAUUAUAUUAGUUCAAUGGCUGGGUCAUAUCCACACAUUUUACUAUAACGCUGGCUAUUAUUCCAGAACGCACAUUUCGAUCGCACGAGUGACGUCACUCUGCAUGGUGUCCAGUCGUUUCUCACAGCGAAACUGAGCAGUGCUUUCCUCCAGAUUGUACGUAGUGUACUUCAGAAGCAGGUUCGGGUACCAGGCUACCCGGUAGGACGAUUGCAUGCCAAAUUCUUUGUCAAUUACACGUCACAUGAUGUGUUGAUCUCAAUUAUUUGAAUGCGUUUCGCCAAACUGUUCACAUUUUGACAAAGCGACAGUUAAGGAGAUUCAAAUCGGGCACACCUGUCUUACAUUGGUGAUAAGAAUUUUAAAAAAAAAUAUUUGUCAAGAAUUUAUAUGGUGAAAAACUAACUAGAAUGAAGUUAGAAUACCGCAUGUACAGAUAGAAUACGUACACUUUGAUGUAAGAAUUCAAUAAAUGUUGGGAAUUUUUGUUUGUACAUUGGUAGCCAGAAAAUAUGACAAAUAAUUUAGUGCAAUUUGUCAUGGCUAACCUUCAACAACAUAAGACAACAUAAGCGCCUCAGCGUUUUUUUUAGGAACCCGAUGAAGCCCAACCGACUGAGGUAAACCGAUGAUGGAAAUCCGGUGGGUGCGAACCGGUGAAGGCAAAUCGAUAAAGGCAAGGUGAUUUAGGCAAACCGAUGCCAUGGAUGCAAACCGAUGUAGGACAUACAUUGGAUGCAAACCGAUUAAGGAAAACCGAUGGAUACGGCCCGCCGAACGAAACCGACGAGUGCAAGCUGAUGUAGACAAACCACCAGGCAAACCGAAGGAAGGAAAUUUAUAUAGGACGCAACCAGACGAAAGCAAACCAAUGGAAGUUAAACUAUAUAUGAAGGAAACCGAUGGAAACAAACCGAUGAAUGUAAACCGAUGAAGUUCGAAAUGUAAUAAUAUUCAUAAUUAUAUCGUUAACAACGAGGGCAAUCCAACAUUUAUAAUUAUAUGUCGUUCCUUUGUAUGAAAGCAAGAAAAUAAGAGAAACAGAAUAAAAUGGUAAAAGUUUAAAAUAGUUUUGGACCAAUAAUACGAAAGUUAUGAUUGUUUGGACUUUCUGUUAAAGGUAUACUCAUAACUACUGUUGGCUAUAUUAUGAAAUAACAAGAACACCAAACCCAUGGAAAGAACAACUCAAGGGUAAUUUCAAUGCACUUUUAUAGCAAGGAAAUCAUGUUCGGGUUGCGUAAUACGUCAUGUUAAUAUUCGCACAAUUCAAUUUGUGAUUUAAAAGGCCAUAAUAAUUGUAUUACUUUUAACAUUUUCGAAGGUCUUUGCUCUCGUUAUAUUAUAUAUGCAUCAAAUAUUUUUUGAAUUUAGGAUAUACCUUUCACACAACAAUUAUUUAUCUAAAAAUUAUAUUGCAGAAGAUAUUGAUUAUUGUUUAAGCAGCUUGCAAACUGUUUGCUUUAAAUUGUAUCUACAGUGCGUAUAAAAAAAAGUAUACCCCACUUUGGUAGCUUAUUAUUAAAAAUUAAUAAUCAAUGUUGCCUUGAAAUCUUUUUGAUGGUAAAGAAUAAUUUGUGUUCUGUAUAAACUUAUACCAUAUUCAUACGGAUGACUGAGCACUAGGUUCUUUAAAAAGUGCCGUCAAAAUCUUGUACCAAGCUUUGGCUAUAAUGCACCGCACGUUGGUCAGGUAAUAUAUUUAUGUUACCGAGGUCUUAAAUUCUUUUAAACGUUAAAUUCUGUUUAAUGCCUCCGCCCUUCGUUGUUUAAAGUGAUCCAAUGUAUCUAAGCUUUCACAGGACCUCAAACCACAUGAUAACCUUUUUUUAAUAAUUAAUAAUAUUAAGGCGCAAGUAAGCAAG